AUGGGCUGGAAGGAAUCGAACCCGCGACGGACGACUGUGGAGGGCGUGCGCAGCGAUCUAUCAUCACCUCCGGCAGCUCGAUCUACGAUUUCCAGGUGUGGAAUUUGGAAGCCGGGCACACUGGCGACCUUCUGGAACUUGCCGGACGAGCCGGUAGAUCACAAGGCGGUGGAUUGGAAAUGGCGAGGCACUCCCUCGCUCCAAUCGCUCCAGGCUUUCAAGCAGCACCACCAGGCGCAGCUACCAGUCCUGGGCAAGCAAAAGUUUGACCCCAAGCCGCGGAUCACUGUCAACGAGGUGAAGAAAGUGGCCAGCGAUCUCAAGCGCGGUGGUGGUGUCGGACUCGGGAAUCCAAAGCAGUCGUUCCUCGAGCAGAAGCAAGCGAAUCUAGAGAAGCAGCAGGGAUCCUCGGGGCUUGACAAGCGUUUCAAGACGCUUCCACCGUCGGAGAUGCUACCACGGAAUGAAACGCUUGGUGGCUAUAUCUUUGUUUGCAACAAUGAUACCAUGCAAGAGGACCUCAAGCGCCAGCUCUUUGGCUUGCCUCAAAGGUACCGUGACUCUGUUCGUGCUAUCCAGCCGGGCCUGCCUUUGUUUCUUUACAACUAUACUACGCACCAGCUUCACGGGGUGUACGAGGCUGCGAGUUUUGGGGGCUCAAACAUAGAUCCUACUGCGUGGGAAGACAAGAAGUGUCGUGGAGAAUCUCGGUUCCCUGCACAGGUUCGCAUAAGAGUUAGAAUGAACUACAAGCCUCUGGAGGAGGAUGCUUUCCGCCCCGUGCUCCAUCACUACGACGGUCCCAAGUUUCGUCUCCAAUUGUCCGUCCCAGAGACGUUGAUGCUGCUAGAUCUCUUCUCAGACAAAGGCUCGGCUUGAUCAUAUAUGUCUACGCUACUUAUUCGCUACUAGAUAAAACAGAACCAAGGCACCGGUUGCUAAAAGUAUGCGAGGAAGCCAUGGGAAAAAGCUUGUUUUUUUGCCCUCACUCUUGAUGGCCAAGACGAAGAAGCGCUACACGGAUGGUGUAAGAUAUUUGCUAAGUGUGUAUAAACAAAACAAAUGGUAAAUAAAAGCGCUCGUUUUAUGGAA